AUGAUGAGUCGAUUGAUGCCCUCUCUGAUGAACCACCAGCUGAAAACACCUUGUCCAAUAUCUGCACUUGCUGUCGACCAGUCCGAACGACUCUUCGCGGGCUCUGACGAUGGCUCGGUGCGAAUAUUUGACUCGGCCACGUGGAAACUCGUCCAUGCAAUCCGUGGAUUGCCUAACGAAAUAUCAUCCAUCGCUUGUUCAGACACAAGUGCUUGGCUGGCUUGUGGUCGCGCAGCCUACGCGUUCUCGAUGAGCAGUCAAAAGCUCGUGCAAAAUGCCUCAGACGCUGCUCUCGUACUAACCCUGGGCGAAGAUGAAGACGAUGUUUUGAACGAGCUAGCUCUGGGUGUGUCCGGAUCACAUAUGGCCUUCAGUACCGACUCUGGUGCUGUCGGAGUUGUCAAUCUCUCGACCAGCAGUGUUCAGCGGAUGAAAACGAGGCAUUCUAGUAUAUGUGGUAUUGUGCGCUUCAUCCCAGACAGACCACGCGAGUUGGUCAGCGCUGGCUACGACAGCGCCAUCCUACACUUCGAUUUUCUCUUGGGAACGACCCUUUCUCGACGCGAUCUCACAGCUGCACCAGCUUCCGAGGGCAUUUCUUUAUCGCCUCCAUUCGUUAUGUCUGCCGCGUUAAGUCCCACCGGCGCUAUGGCUGUCGGCACGGCGGAUGGUCAAUUGUGGAUAGGUUUUGGUGGAGAUAAAGGAGAUCCCGCCGAUAAAUCAACAAAAAAGAAACGGUCAAGGAAAUGGGAGGGCCUGAAUCCUGAUGAUGAGGUCGUCGAGAAAGUCGCCGAGGGUCCCAUUGUCGCUAUGGCUUUUUUAAACUCUUCAGCCUUACUCGUGUCGACACUCCUCGGCACCCUGAUGGAGUUUACCCUGUCCCGACAAGAAGAGGGACUGCGAAUCACAAAAAGCCACGAGCAGCAAACUGGAGUUGCCAAAGUCAACGUGGUUUUGCGGGUCAAGGAACACACGGUUGUCGCUGGCUUGACCUCCGACUCGAAGGGAAUUAUAGAAAUUUGGGAUUAG